AUGUUGCUAGCUACAAGGUCCUUGGCAGUGCCGGACGUCUGCAUGGGGCGGCCAACCCUUGUACAAAUAAUUUCGAUUUCUUCUAAGUUCUGCACUCAAGAUCAUGCGCUUCGUCGCACACCACGAUCCCUUCGAUUGAGCCGGAAAUUCUCGUCGUCGUCAUCGUCACAAUCAUCACCAUCAUCGCGCAUAUCCUAUAGAGUCGCUGGAUCAUGUUCGGCCAAGGGCCGCCGCUUCAAUCCCGAAAAACAUACCUACAACUUCGAGCCUACCAUACACGAAGCAAUUGGGGUCUCACUUGACAAUAUUGGCGAGGGAAGAUCCCGACAAAAGAGGCCGGCAAGUGGUGAAGAUGCGUUUUUCGCAAGCAGAGUCGGCGCAGUGGAUACCGGCGCCAUUGCAUUUGCAGUAGCCGAUGGAGUAGGAGGAUGGGCAGAACACAAGAUCGAUCCUGCCGAUGUUUCACACGGGCUGUGCACGUAUAUGGCACAGCAUGCGUUGACGGAAGAGGCGAGUCAGCGCAAGUUACGGCCAAAGGAGCUUCUCCAGAAGGGAUACGACUCUGUAGUGGCGGAUGAGAGUAUUACUGCAGGUGGAACUACGGCGUCGGUUGGAGUUGCGCUGACGAGUGGAACCGUGGAAUUGGCGAACCUUGGAGAUUCAGGGUCAGUACUCUUUCGACUUGGUGCGGUUCAUCAGUACUCUGCGCCGCAAACACAUGCGUUUAACACCCCAUACCAACUGAACAUUAUACCGCGACGAAUGCGCGAACAGGCACACAUGUUUGGCGGUGUAUAUUUCGAAGAUUCGCCGCGAGAUGCGGCGGUAUCUACGCUGUCCAUGCAACAUGGGGACGUUCUCGUCCUCGCAACGGAUGGUGUAUUUGAUAACCUGAAUAAUCAAGAUAUCUUGAAAAUAGUAACGGGCCGAAUGCUGGCCACCGGUGCAUGGAAGGAGAGUUCAAAGAACGCUGCUAUUUGCCCGUCUGAAGAACUGCAGGCAUUAACGCAGCCCGGCGGAUUGCAUCGACAGACUCCAUCUUCUCCGUCAUCUUCUCCCUCCUCAACAUCAAUCCCUCCAACCCCCCACCACAAAAGCCACCACACCCUCCAAGCCCUUCUAGCAGCAUCAAUAGUCGGAGAAGCAAAACUAGCCAGCGUCGACAUGCGACGAGACGGGCCUUUUGCUAAGGAAGCCCAAAGAUACUAUCCCGGUCAUUGGUACCGGGGAGGGAAAGUGGAUGAUAUAUGCGCACUUGUGAUUGUUGCCAUAGAAGGUUGA